AUGCCUGUUGUUCUCAACGAACUACUUGUAAAGGUUGUCAUCAGUCUACUACUAACAUAUUCGAUUUUCUUUAGCGGAAUUCCUAUAGGAUACGACACUACGCACUUAAGUCAUGUCUAUGACCUUAUCUUUGCGUAUCAGCGGUUGUUCUUCGCAAUAUCGUUGACCCUUCGCAGUGAGAAAUACGGCCUCAUCAUGAAGCGCAGCAGCAGGAUUGGACGGAUCGUCGAAAAGCAAACGGAGGCGAACUUAAUUUACUUCAGUCGGCUGAGACAGAUGUGGUGA